GGCGCUGCGGGGCCGGGCGGAGCAGGAGGGUCUGUGCCGGGGAGACCCAUUAACCCCCCCGUGCCCGGCCCGGGCCCUGCUCCCGCUGGGGCCGCCCCGGGCUCUGCCCGCCCCGCUGCGGAGCUGCAGCCUCCAGGUGUCUGAUUGAGAUCAGGAUUCUUAUUGUACUGAGCGUGGCACAAGCCCUGCCUGAGAUCAGGUUCCCCAGUGUGCCGGACACUGCACAAACCCUGACCAAGUUUGGGGAACUCGUUGUGCCAGGAACUGCAGAGACCCCAACAGAGAUCUGCGCCCCUGUUGUGCUGGGCACUGUAGAGACCGCAAUUGACAUCAGGCCCCACAUUGUGCCAGAUCGCAAUUUCUACAGCGGACAGCUCGCUUAUUCACCAGAUCAGCGGUCGGGGUCACCAGUGCCGUCAGAUGCUACCAGUGUGGUGGUGCUCUGCUCUGUUCAAUGUUGAUAUCAGUCGGCUGCGUGCGUGUGUUCCCUCUGUGUGCUGCCCUGGCUCUGACGAUCGCUGACACAGCAGACCCUGGAGAACCCCCAGUGACCACAGACUCCGAUAAGGCUACAGAAUAACAUCCAGGUUUCACUCCAGACCCACCCAGGGGGAAGGAAAUGGCUGCAAUGGAGCUGGCUCAGGUAAGGGAUUAUCAGGGAGCUGGUGAUGGGUUCUGCUUGGAGGAAGAGGAGUAAAGGAGAGGGGAGCUGCUGGAGGUGGUGGGAGGCAGGAAAUAUCUAGGGUGGAGAAAGGGAGGGGAUAGGAUGUGACAGACCUGCUGAGAUAUGUGUAAUCUAGGGUGUGAUGGAUUGUCAUCCCCGGGGUGCAGUCUGGGGGGCUUCUGGGAACCGCUGUGUCCUCUAACCCUCAAGCUGGGCUGGCCCUUCUCACACUGCUUUGCUGGAGAUUCAGCCAGCCUCUCCAGGCCCUGUUAUCACCCAACACGACAGCAGCUGGUGCCAUACACCUAAGCCACUCAAGGACAGAUAGAAGACAACAGCCAAUUUCCCAGCUCCCCAACCUUGCACACGUGCUGUAGUAUAAAUCCAGAAUUAUACCAUCUUAUAGUGCACAGGGAUCUGUAUAAUGUAGGCUCAUUAAUAUAGUUUGCCUUCCCCUCGAUAUGGGAAAGAUGCACAACAAGCUUGUGCGCUAACCAAGCUGAGAUAUUCCCCAGACACUUCACUCAAAAUACACUGGUUAAGAUAAAGCAUCAAACAAGUUUAUUAAUUACAGAAAGAUAGAUUUUAAGUGAUAGCAAACAGAUCAAAGCAGAUUACUUAGCAAAUAACCAAAAACUCAAACUAAGCCUAACAUACUAGAUGGAUAGAAUUUGAAUUAGCAGUUUCUCACCCUAACUGAUGAUCGAAGCGGUCCACCAAGUUUCCAUACACAAGCUAGAAAUCCCUGUACCCUGGGACCAGCACUUCCCCCAGUUCAGUCUUUGUUCCUCAGGUGUUUCCAGAAGUUCUCUUGUGUGGGGAAUGAGGCCAAGAGAUGAUGUCACACCCCACCUUAUGUACCUUUUCUAUAUGGUGGGAUUCCUUUGUUUCAAACUGAAUUCCCAGUCCAGUUUGUGGAAAAAUACAGGUACCAAAAUGGCGUUCAGUGUCAUGUGGUCUGGUCACAUGCCCUAGCAUGCCCAAAUGAGUGCUAAGCUCUUGCAUGGUCCAUUGUCUUUGUUGAUGAGCCAUCAGUGCUGUCUGGCUUCUUCAUUGUUGUACCUGAAAGACUAGUUGUGGGUGUUACCCAGAGUAAGCACAUUUGAAAUACAGAUACAUAGUCAAUAUCCAUAACUUCAGAUACAAACGUGAUCCACGCACACAAAUAGGAUAAUCAUAUUGAGCAAAUCAUAACUUUUCCAGUGACACCACACAUGAUGUAUCUUGCACAAAAUGCAUCAUAAUUAUGUCCUAAUAAUAUAAUCAUACUACACCCCAUAUUCAUCAUAGUGGUGUCAGAUAGGGCCUAAUUUCAAGGCACAGGAGUUGGGACUGGAACUUCCCCUCUUUGUGGAACAGGAAAUAACCCUCCAGCCAGGUCUGGGAAAACUUCCCAGACUCGCAGUGCUGGAGCCUGAAUCUGACACUUCAUUAGUUACCACCACCCCCAAUCUUUGUGGGAACUGCAAACUUUAUCAGUGAUGAUUUUAUAUUCUCUUCUAGGUUAUUGAUAAGAAUGUUAAUAGCACAGGGCCAAGAACCAGUCCUUGCGGAACCUGCUAGAAAUAAAUCCACUCGACCAUGGUUCCCCAUUUACAAUCAGUUUUUAAUCUAUUUAAUGUAUGCCAUGUUUAUUUUGUAUCAUUCUAGUUUUUUAGUCAAAAUAUUAUGCUGAACCAAGUCGUAUGCCUUACAGAAGUCUAGGUAUAUUACAUCAAUACUAUUAGCUGCAACCAAACUUUUCAUCUCCUCCAAUAUGGAUAUCCAGUUAGUUUGAUAGGAUCUAUUUUCACUAAACCUUUGUUAAUGGGUACUAAUUAUAUUACCGUCCUUUAAUUCUUUAUUAAUGAAAUCCAGUAUCGGCUGCUCCAUUAUCUUGCCCAGUAUCGAUGUCAGACUGACACUCUUGUAAUUAGUUGGGUCAUCUCUUUUACACUUUUUAGUAUUGGUACAGCAUUAGCUUUAUUCCAGUCUUCUGGAAUUUCCCCAUUGUUCCAAGUCCUAAUUAAAAUCAACAUUAAUAGUCCACCAUGCUCCUCCACUAGCUCUUUUAAAAGUCUUGGAUACAAGUUAUCUGGACCUGCUGAUUUAAACAUGUCUAACUUUAAUAGCUCAUGAAGUCCUGUUGGAAUGGAAAGUGUGUCGUUGUCAACAUCUUAUGAUAUGAGUACAUCAUCUGUUUUUCUCCAAAUCCAGGAGAGAAAUAUUUAUUGAAGACUUUUACCUCUUCUGUAUUAUUUUUGAUAAUUCUGCCAUUUCUGUAUAGUAAUUUACCACUACCAUUGUUAGGAUUAAUAUACUUUUAAAAACUUUCUUCUUAUUUUCAUUGAUUGGUCAUUGAUUUCUGAUAGCUUCCCUUACCAAUUUUCUACAGUACUGACCUUCUAACUUAUCUUCUUUACUAUUGACUUCCCCUUUCUUCCAUAUAUUUUAUUUGGAGAGUGUUGGGAUUCCUACCAGGGAGCCACCAGCAGGGUCCAGAGACAGCCUCAUCUCCUAUAUCAAGCUCUGGCUAGUAGGGGCCGGUGACUUUCGUGGAAGUGGCUGUGUAUUUCACCAGGGAAGAGCGGGCUCUCCUGGACCUCACUCAGAGAGACCUCUACAGGGAUGUCAUGCAGGAGAACUAUGAGACAGUGGUCUUGCUGGGGUUUCCAGUUUCCAAACCUGAUGUGAUCUCGCAGCUGGAACGAGGGGAAGAGCCGUGGGUCCCAGACCUCCAGGACUCUGAGAAAGAAGUGCUCCCGAGAGCUGCCUGCACAGAGAGUAACCUAUGUCUAGAUUCUCUCUGUCUCCCAUCAGGUGUUGGGAUGGUGAGUGAGAAUGAGGAGAAUCCCCAGCAGGAAGAUGCUGAGCAAGUAAAACCACAUGGGACGUUAUCAGGAAGAUCCAAAGGGAAUGUUUCCUGGAGUUGUGCACUCCCAGAAAAAGCAAAAGCCUGUGAGACUGAGCAGAUGUCAGAGGAAAACUUGAGGAGCCACUCAGACCUUAUUACACGCGAGAAAAUCAACUUGGAAGAGACAUGCUACACAUGCCACGAGUGUGGGAAAAGCUUCAGUGGGAGCUCAGACCUUUUCACACAUCAGAGAAUCCACAGAGGAGAGAGACCGUACACGUGUUCUGAGUGCGGGAAAAGCUUCAAUCAGAGCUAUACCCUUAUCAGACAUUGGAGAACCCACACUGGAGAGAAACCCUACACGUGUUCUGAGUGUGGGAAAAGCUUCAAUCAGAGCUCAAACCUUAUCAGACAUAGGAAAAUCCACACAGGUGAGAAACCUUAUGGGUGCUCUGUGUGUGGGAAACGCUUCAUUGAUAGUUCAGCUCUCAUCUCACAUCAGAAAAUCCACACAGGAGAGACGCCCUACACAUGUUCUGAGUGUAGGAAAAGUUUCAAUAAUAGCUCUGACCUCAUCAAACAUCGUAGAAUCCACACAGGAGAGAAACCCUAUAUGUGUUCUGAGUGCAGGAAAAGCUUCAAUCAGAGCUCAAUCCUUAUUAGACAUCAGAAGAUCCACAUGAGAGAGAACUGUAAUAAAUGCCUUGACUAGGGCUAGCCAAAGAUUUUUCUUUUAAAAAAAAA